AUGCCACAGCGCUCAGAGCUCAUCUCUCAUAUGAAGCGCUUCAGCUUGUCAUUGUAUCAGCCAUCAGAGUCCCAGCCAGACGGCAAAAAGAGAGCGGCCCCAGACCAGGAGCAAGAUGCAGCUUUUAAGCGAAGGCGAGGUGACGACGAUAUGUUGGAAGUCCUCGUUGCCCCCGUAGGCGCGCAUCCUGUCGAAGUUACUUCCCCGUCCACCACCACCAAGACCACUGAAGAGGCUGAGCGUGCCAUAGUUGACGGAGACUGGACCCCAAAAACGAUUCGCUCCCUGGCCUCUCCGUUGGUUGACCUCGAAGGUCAAGACAUUGCCGUCGUGCGUAGCAGGGAGCCUCAGGCAGCCACGCCGGUUAAGCAAAAUGACCAAGUCGGCACAGGCAACCAAUCAUCCCAAGGCACUGACACUCUCGAUUACAAAAUCAAACACGUCCGCCAAAUAGGCGCCACACGUGGCAGCAAAGUGUUUGUAGCCCGUCAUUCUCGACUACCCGGGGACAUCGUCGUCAAGGUCACUCAGUACGACAGCUUUAACCCACAGAACCUGCCCAACAUUAUGGUCAUUCGACCCUGGGACGGCCGAAUGUUCGCCUUUUACCUAGAGGCCCUCCCCCGUUCCCUCGAGCGUGGGCUCAAUACUACAUUCACCCGUCAAGACGCCCACAAGAUUAUCGUCGGCCUAUCGUCGGCCUUAACAUAUCUUUCGGGACUCAGCAUGUGCCACAACGACAUCAAGCCGGCCAACAUCGUCUACUCGCCCGCUCGUGGCGCAGUCCUUGUUGACUUGGGCCUGACCACCUCUGAGCCGCACAGCCACUCGUCUGGGGGUACGCCGGCAUAUAUGCGCCCCGAGGAAGCCUUCACAACACCGCUUCACGGCUUUCCGGGGGACGUAUGGGCCGUUGGCGUGGUCAUGCUCUACGUCCUGGGUUGUAUACGGCUUCCUGGCGGGCCGGCCGUCAAAUGGGGCAUCUAUAAGAUUCAGGACCAAAGGACGGAGGAUAGGAAGAAAAUGAUAAAUUGGCUUGAGCAUAUCUGUAAGAUUAGGGAGACUCUGAGCACUGGGGACAUGCUUGAACGCUUGGUGCACGGCGCGCUCGAGCGGAGCCCGUCGGCGAGGAUUACUGCGGCGCAGAUGAUGGCCACGCUCGAAAAAGAAGGCAUAAUUGCUUGA